CUCACGCUGUAUCCCUCCAUCCAUCCUUCCAUCCAGCGCACCUCCUGCAUCACCUCGCAGAUCAGCCCCGCCCUCCUACUCCGCCUCUCCUCCUCGGGCGUGUGAGCCAAGAUCAGCGCUCCAUCAGGCGGAGCCCUUGGCGACAAACCGCAGGGAAACCAUGAAGACCGAUGACACGGAAGCGUGAAAAGGAAUAAGACUGCGGAGAAUAAAUAAGGACCACAGCCUUCGGGUUCCUGGAGUUGAACUGAAAAAAGGAGGCUGAGAAUAAGGACAGGCAAACCUUCAGGUCAAGCAAGAGGUUGUCUGGCUCCAUGUCUGCCCCUGUUCCAGCCAGUAGGAGAUCUACGUCGGGCUCUCGCCGAUUCAACCCUCUGAAGGCGCUGCAGCCCAAACACCGCUUACAGCAAAUACUGGCAUCCUCACCCGUGCCAGCGGCUUCCAAGCCGGCAUUGGGAUCAGGGACAAGUGCAGCCGCGGCCACUGCUCAGGUGGCCGUUCCGGUGCCUGCGCCCCCUGCGUUUGACUACUGCAGGUACAUAGAGCUAGAUUAUGUACCCAUGGAGUCGGGCUAUAUGAUCUCAAUGCGCCCGACUAAAGGCUACACAUCGACCAAGUCGCCCACUAAAGGAUACACCUCUGCAAAGUCUCCAGAUCGCCGCUCAACAAACUCUCCCUCCACCCCACGUUCUCGGCGAACCCCAGCUGCACUUAGUAAUCGAGAUCCCCAUGGCAAUGCCUCUGUCAGCAGCGGCAGCAACUCAGGCUCGUGUAAAGGCAGCGACUGCAGCCCCACCAAAGGACGUCAGAAAUACACAUCAUGUACGGACAACCAUGGUAUUCGCCCUCCGCCACCAGAGCAGUACCUCACACCUCUCCAGCAGAAGGAGGUGUGUAUCCGACAUUUGCGAGCCAAACUGAAAGAGACCAUUAACACACUGCAAGACAGAGACACAGAGAUUGAUGAGCUGCGAACUCAGCUUUACCGGAUGCAGGAGGACUGGGUUGAGGAGGAGUGUCACCGCGUGGAGGCUCAGUUAGCCCUGAAGGAGGCUCGUCAGGAGAUCCAGCAGCUCAAGCAUGCAGUAGAAACAGUUCGUACCAGACUCAGUGAUGCUGGUGGGCUCAAUGGAGACGUAGGGAUCCAAAAGUACUUCCAGGACAUCAACACUCAGAAUCACAAAUUGGAGAACCUUUUGGUUAGCAUGGAGUUAGCCCAAGCUGGACUGGCCAAGGAAGAAGAAGCCAUACCAGGCUGCAGGACCCGUGCUGGGGGCUCAGCCCCAGCAUCUGUUUCUGGGGAAAGUCCUGGGGUUGUACCAAAGUUGACAGUGGGAGGGAGGGGGUCUUGCUCUUGCGAUGGCUCUCCAGCCCGUUCAUUAACUCGAAGUUCCACUUACACCAAGCUCAGCGACCAGGCACUGGGGGACAGGAAUUGUAACGACGCAGACUUCCCUUGCCUGUCUGGUGAUGGCACACAGGACAGCGGGUUUGUGUGCUGUGGGGAGAACAGCGUCCCCAGCCGGACUGACCUCCUGCUGGAAGCCGCCUACCUCUCUGAGGAGACAGCAUCUUUGCUUAAUUCCUACACACAGACCUUUUCCCACACCUUGCCUCAUUCCGCCCCCAACUCUCUGCCUCACACAUUCUCCCAUACCUUACCUCAUUCUUUUCCUCACAAUAUGUCCCACUCAAUGCCACACACAAUGUCUCACUCCUCCACCUAUGAGAAACUCUGCACAGGUGAGCAUCUGGCUCCAUUUCGUUGCAGUUUGGGUGGAGGGAGUUGCAUGAGUCACCCCUGUCUGUCCCACCACCACCUGUACCUGCACCCUCUGAGGGAGGCAGGCAUUCAGACCGAGAGCUGCCCAAUCCCUGCAACAGCAGGGUACCCCUCUGAUCUGGAUACUAUUGCAGAGCAACGUACGUUUCGCUCUCAGGCCUGCAGCCCCACCUCCACCUGGAUGUCUGAUGAGGGGGAGGAGGACCUGGACUCCAUCGCCACCACCACUUCAGUGACUACAGCAACAGUCAUGAGCACAGCCACGGAGCCAAUACCAGUUUGCAAAACGCCACUGGUUCCACCUCUACCACGCUCUGCUACAGUGGCAUUUUCCAUGGAGAGUCCUUUGUGUCAGGCAAAUGAUAAAUUUAUGGAAGAGGAAAAGCAAGAGAAGGAGAAAAGAGAGAAAGACGACUCUCCAACAGAAGAACGGUUGGAAAACACUACGAUCGGACAAUCAGAAGAGGAACAGCAGAGAGUAGAAAGCUCAGUGGAAUGGACUGAGGUAAGAGAUGACAAGGCACAACAAAGUAAUAUCUGUGAUUUAGCAGGGAUAUCAACAAGAAUGCAGAGUGAAAUUAAUUUUGCAGCAUGCUGUGGAGAUGGCAAUCAAAAGGAGAUGUUGAUCAAAAACCAGAGAGUGGAGGACAAGCAGCAAGAGGCUGGGACAUCAGAAAUAUCAACACAAGAAAAGACAACAGAAAUUAGUCCAGGGUACUCCAUCUAUCCAGGUGUACAAAAGCCUCAAACAUCCCAACCUCCAAGAAGAUCUAUCUCCCAUGAGGAGAUAGCUGGUGUCACAGUGGUGAAAGUCCAUGAUGAGGACAAUGAUGAAGAUAAAACUAAUGGACAAAAGGCCACGGGGGGUUCUCCAGCAGAGGAAGAAGACUCAUCUGGUUCUGGGAAAAUCCAAAAGAGCUACUGGAGUCGUCACUUUCUGGUUGAUCUGCUAGCGGUGGCCAUCCCUAUAGUGCCAACAGUGGCAUGGCUGUGCCGUGGUCCAGUGCGUGACGGACAGCCUAUGUAUCACUUUGGUUCACUGCUGAGAGGCUGCUGUACUGUGGCACUGCACUCACUGCGCAGGGGAGGUGGCCUGAGGCAUUAUCCCGCAGGCGGGGGAGACCUGGGCGGGUCACAGAUAUAACAGAAUGGCAUGUCUGUGGUCCACUGUUGUGUCACUCCUCCAGUGUGGUCUGUAGUGUUAGACCACUGCUUAAAGUGAAAGGAGAGGAAGAAGAACUUCCUGUUCCAGAGCUUUGGAUAGUAAUAAAAAUGGGAAUAUUAGGAAAAACAAAUGGACAUCGAAGAGGAAGGCUUUUCACCGAUCCACUCUACUCUGUUGGGCCCUGCAACCUAUUGUCUCUCAGUGAAUGGUCCUUGCUUUCGCUACCAAAUAAUUAAUGAACUGGCUUGUGCAAACUAAAUGAGCUGCUUGAAAUGAAUGAUCAGUGCUUUAAUGUUGAUUGUUUCAUUUAUUUUUGAAUGUAGAGAAAAUGUGCAUUGUUGUGUCAGCCAUCAAUUAUAACGUGAUACAAUGAUCAUAUGUUUGGUGAAUGUGUUCAUAAAUACUUGAUAUGUAUGUAUAGGAGUGUAUAUGUAAGACUAGGAGCAAAUACGGCAAUGGUUGUUGACCACUGGUAGUGGAUCCACUUUAAUCCAAAGCUGCAGACACUUUUCAUUGAUCACUUCUAAAGGUAAUAGAUUAUAUUUGCCUGCUGUGGAGAAAAGCGUUGUAGGCACAGGACUCGGGUAUCUGCUAAGGGUAGAAACACAACCGAUCCUGUAAGGCAGCCUUGCACAGCUUAAAGAUAAAUUAUCUUUAUCCAAAAGUAUUGUAUUCUUACCAGCUUCCUCUUUUUAAACUGACAGUGGACAGAUUUAAUACGAGUUGAACCCUGACAGGCUCCAGUAAAAUUAUACACUGAAAUGUUGUCUGUGAUGGGCAGUGUACCUGGACCCUGCCUCUUGCUUGUUGACUGCUCCACAAGAAAGUUGCAGAGCACAGACUAAUUAAAAGGCUUGGCUGUUACAGUUCAAGCGUUUAUGAAAAGCCCCUUGAGUGUCCACUGAAAACAUGCUUUACAUGCUAGCGUUGGUGAAAUAUGUAAAGAAUGGCAGGUUGCUUUUUAAUCAGCUAGAAUACGGAGGGAGUACUUUACUUCCUUUGCACUUCCUGAUACAACAUCAGAUGAACAUCAGUGUAGUUCAGAAAUAAAUGACUGCUUUAGUUAAAAGUUAGUGGUUCCCUCUUCUGAUCAGAGGCUGGUUUGACAUAGAAAUAAAUACAAAGAUCUAACAUUUGCUUCCUUUAACUUUCACAUUAACGUCAUUUGUUUUCCCCUUUGCCGUGUUUUCCAUCCGGCCUGAAGUUUUUGUUUUUUUCUCAGUCUAUACCCCAAGUUCAAGAAAUUUAAAAUAAUCCAAAUAUUCAAAUUUUUGCUUAAAGGUUUUCAGAUUGACAUUGGUAAUGGAAACCUAUGAAAGUAUUGAGUAGACAGACACUUGAGUUUGUUGUUCUUUUAUCUUAUCCCUUCAGCAAUUUUUAUAUGGCACUUGACUGAAAAAAAUCAUGUUUGCUUUUUUGAAGUAAACAAAACAAGAUAAAAUAAUCUUCUGUGAGCCAUUUAAAUAGAGACACUAUUUUGCCAAAGGUAUUUGUCUGUUAACAGUUACAUGUACAUAAACUUUGAUGACACCUUAUUCUUAAUGUAUACGGCCCAACUUGUUCAUGGACCCACCAUUGCCAGCAAUAGUAACUUUAACUAUCCUGUAAACACCUUCCACAAGGUUUAAAAGGGUGUUUGAUAAGUUAGUUAAAUGAGAAAAGCAGAAUUGCCGCCUCCACUCUAAUUCAUCCUGAAGGUGUUAAAAAAGGUUGAGGUCAGGACAGUGCAGGCCAGUGAAGUUUCUCCACACUAAACUUUAUACACCUGCAGCCAUGGAAGCGACUGGAACACCGGAAUUCAUUGAUAUGGUGGUGGGACCCAAUACUUUUGGCAAUAUAGGGUAUGACCACCUUUAGCUCCAAGAACAGGAAAGACAAAACACCUUUCACUAUCCCCCUUAUUUCUACAACCUGUGAUGCUUUACAAAAAUUAUCUCCACACCUUCUAGAGAAUACCAAACAUUUAUUAAAACAUGUGAGAAUAUCAACUUUUACGCUUUAAAUUGAAUAAUAUUAUCACAGCUGCACCUUUAUUUUUCAAAGAUUGGAGGAUGAACUCAAGAAGUUGAAUCUGAUUAUGUAGACCUGCAUAUAACAUGACAGUGAGGCCUUGCACUAAAUAAUUAUUACAGAAUAUGAAAGGACACAACUAGGUUAUUCAUGAUUUCGUGAACCUAAAAUUUGUGAACUUAGCCCAAAGGGGAAGGAUUUCGCUCUUUACCUGACACACAUGCAGGGCUUUUAGUGGUCACUCUAAAUUUAGGUGAUUCAGCCAUAUUUGUCUGGAUUCCUUGUUCAUUGGUAGCCGGUAAAAACCAAUACACUGAAUGUAGCUGGAAUCCAGUUUCACUCUGGGUGCAUGUUAAACAUACUGUACCUGUUGGAAUUAAGCUUCGACUGAUUAGGUGCAGCAGCACAAGUACUCGUGUGAUUAUUGAAACAGACAACAAAGAAGAAAUUUAGCUAACCUGGAAACACUUUAAAAAAAAGACUCAGUAGACACAAAAACAGAUCACUUUACAGUAGCUGAAGUUCAGACAUAAUUAAUCCUACAGCAGCACCUCCAGGAAUAAGGUGGAUAGACCCUUUUCUCUGGCUAGCAUUGCCAUUUUUGCAGUCAACAUUAGUUCUCUCUACAUCCGGACACAUGACUAAAUGUGGUAGAUUUCCACUGUUAUCUUUGUAGUUUAAUUUGUUGUAUGCUGUUCAAACCAACCAUCUUAGCCUUGCCAUGCAGUCAACCCCUGAUCUGCUGCCUCUUUGACUCCUGGUUGUGUUUCUACCCUGAGACUGUUUUGACUACAAGACUAAGCAUUCUUACAGGGUUUUAAAGAUGCAAUCUCUGUCUCUAAAUAUCCAGUACUUUUCCCUCGUCACAUAAAUGGUUCACAGUUGUCGCAGAAAACACACAUCAUGUAGCUAACUCUACAAUUGCUCUGAAUAGUUUAACAGUUAGCUUGGUUAACCAGAAUAAGCUAAUUUGGAUAUAUUUGAAAGAACUCUAAAUCAAAGAGUUUUGGUCAAAAUUCAUGGACUUAAUGAAAAAUUCAGUGCAUAACUGAAUUUGGGUAGCUUCGUAGAUUGAGAAAUAUAUCUAUCUUAGCUUAUUUCUAUAUAAAUUGUGCCUUUUAUUUGCCAAUUUCAGAAUACUAUUUGGUGUCUGGCUCUUAAGGGGAAUAAUGUAGAUAUUAAUUUUCAGAGAGUAUAUUUUCUGUACACAGUUGUAUGUAGCUGGUUAUUGUACCCUUAAAAAACUGGCACGGAACUAACCGAGGAAAUCUUUUUAGUCAUACAGUGAAAUCAUGAUCAAAUGCCUGUAGAUAUUCACUUGUUCAGUUUGACAUUGUAAUGUAGGUCUGAAUGAAGUGAGUUGUGCUCAGUCUGUGAUCUGUGCUGUAUAUUUCUGCUAACCUUGAUGCUCUUGUGCUGUAGCUAGUCUUUAAUGGUUAAUAUGUAUUCUCAAAUCCACGGUACUGAAAUUAGUCCGUCAGAAAAACAAACUUUUUGUCUUAAAUUGUCUGACAAAGACAUUCUAGAAAUCAGAACAAAAUAAUGGACAUUUUUUAAUGGUUUUUUUCAUCCGAUAGUUUGGUUCCAGUUGCAUUUUAUGAUCACUUUUUUAUUUUCUGUAUGUCUGGACUUUGAUGAGAGUGACAUUGGUGUUUGCUGUUGUUAGAAUUCAAACAGUAUAUAUCAGGUCGAGGAUUUAGUACCAGUAAGGUACACUGAAGAGACCGUAACCAUUCAAGGCACUGACAAAAUAAUCAAUAUACACUAGAAACAUUUUGCACUUCUGCACUUCUAUGGUCUGGUGUAAAUGUGUCUCCAUUAAGCAACUGUUCAAAUCUAAAUGUUUCUAUCAGUUGUCGGAGUCUAACAUGGACCUGGUUGGAGGAAUCCUCUGGCACCACCAGAAAUCAUCUUAGUUACAGACUUAUAUUGCACUAUUAUUCACUUCAUACGUUUUAAGACUUUACUUGAAUUAGAUUAUGUACCUGUACCAAUUUGUCAUACGUUCACUGAUUCCACCUGAUUAUUUUUACUACUCUGUGAAGUCAUUAAGGUUUGGUACAAUUCUGAAUGGAUAAAAACAGCUGAUAUUCCCUGUAGAGCUUUAAGAACACAAUCAUUUUAUCUCCAUGCAAACUGUUAUUUAUUAUCAUUUAAUCCUUACAAUGAGCUGUAUGUUUAAGUUCUUACUUAGACCACCAUCUCAAACUACUAUAAUCUGGUUGGUAGAGGAUUUGCAGCAUUCAGGCUUUGUACUCUAUGAGUUUGUUAGUGGCAAUCAUGAAAACUGGUUUUUAUUGUUGACUUUCAGAGAAGGUUUUAGAGACAGCCCCAGAGGCAUAGAGGGAUCUGUCUGCUCAUCUGUAAUUAUUUUUCUAUCUAUCAUGCAUUGGGCUCUAGUUUUUCUCUCUUGUCUGACUGUAUGAAGUCGAAGUUAAAUUAGGAGGCAGAAACUGCCUCCUAAUUAAGAAGCCAUAUGCUGUAGCCCUGUCAGGGUACGAGGGUGGGAAUGUGAGAGGCAGCCUCCACCUCUCUGUUGCAAUGUAAUGUAAAAGAAACAAUGUCAGAGUUACGUGAAUGAAUAUUCCUGUAUCUUAUAGUUUGCUUUUGGGAGUUAGCUUUCCCAUUGUUACUAAAUACAGGCUGUUGUGACUUAUAGGGUAAUAAAGCAAAGAAAGUUUAAAUGUUU